UCCGCCGUGGCGCCUUCCAUCAGAUUAGGGUUUUCCUUCUCUCCGAGUGGUUGAAGGGAACGAGAAGAAAAGGGGCACUCUUGUGGGGGAUUCAACCAUGAGUAAGCUCCAGAGUGAUGUGUUGAGAGAGGCUAUCACUCAGGUGGUCGGAGACGCGAAGACAAAGAAGAGGAAUUUUACGGAGACAAUUGAGCUCCAGAUUGGGCUGAAAAACUAUGACCCUCAGAAGGAUAAGCGUUUCAGUGGCUCUGUGAAGCUGCCACACAUUCCCCGCCCAAAGAUGAAAGUUUGCAUGCUCGGUGAUGCUCAGCAUGUAGAAGAGGCGGAGAAAAUUGGGCUAGACUAUAUGGAUGUUGAAGCGCUUAAGAAGAUGAACAAGAACAAGAAGCUUGUGAAGAAGCUGGCCAAGAAGUAUCAUGCCUUUUUAGCAUCGGAAGCUAUUAUCAAGCAAAUUCCCCGUCUUUUGGGUCCCGGUCUCAACAAGGCAGGUAAGUUUCCGACACUGGUGACUCAUCAGGAAUCACUAGAAGCCAAAGUGAACGAGACAAAAGCAAUGGUGAAAUUUCAAUUGAAGAAGGUUCUGUGCAUGGGUGUUGCCGUGGGAAAUUGUUCAAUGGAGGAUAAGCAAAUUUUCCAGAAUGUGCAGCUCAGUGUCAACUUCUUGGUUUCUCUGUUGAAGAAGAACUGGCAGAAUGUUCGAUGCUUGUACUUGAAGAGCACGAUGGGGAAGCCCGUGCGUGUCUUCUAAGCUGUCAGUUCGAUCUUGAUUUAAGGUAUCUAGAGGGAAUAUCAAGCUUGUUCUUUUGUUACAAAUUCCUUGUGUUUCUGCUUUGUUUGAUCAUUGUUUAGAGUAGAACGAUUCUCUUUUCGUUCGCCUUCUACCAUUAUUAGGACUUCUUGUUGGACCGAUUGUCAAAAAUUUCAUUCAAGCAAGUUACAUGUUCACAAUUGAUUCUCCAA